AACAGCUUCCUAUGAAUGAUAGAUACAUUUUACUUCCAUACAGGAUUUGAGAGAAGUGAUUCUCCACUUCAGAAAUGGCAAGAUAAAAUCAACAGUGGAUUUGACAAGCUGGUUGCCUUUGCAUCAGAAGUAGAUAAGCGACGAAAGUCAACUGAAGGCACCUCCCCAAGGCAAGAAGGAUUUGCGUCUCCAAGAUGCACAGAACGGAGGCCUCCUCUAACAGCAGAGCCUCCGCACCCACUAGAACGUGAUGCAGCAAAUUUUCGUGCCAGGCAAGAGGAUGAGGAAGUAAUCCGGAGCAGUGACCCAGCAGGGCCCCGUCCAUACUCUCCUCAUUCCCCGCCAAGACUCUCUCCCAGUCCCAUUCCUCAUGGGCGUCCGCCAACACCCCAGUCACCCAGGCCUCCCAUGAGAACACCUCCGAUCUCAUCACCACCUCCAACCCCCUCACCUGAUAGGUGUGGUGGAGAAUCUCCAAGCCUUUUUCCUCCAAGAGGUGGGGAAACUCCACCCUACUUACCUCCAGACUUGGAAACUACUCGACUUGUAUCGCCUGUUACAUCACCUACAGAACAUGGCAUUUACCAUCACCAUUUCAAGAAGAAGUUCUACCACAAGGAACGGAUAAGUCCCCUUGAAACAGACCAUCAUCAUCACCACCACCACAACCACACACAUCACGGCAAGUUCCGUCCCAAAGGCAAAGACUGGCAGUGGAGGAAUCGGUCAUCGCAUCAUCAAUCAUCCCAUCAUCACCAUAGCCGAAGGUCCCCUCCAGCACCGUCGUCUCAUCAGCUGCCAUAUGUGAACACCUCUCACAACCACCACAACCACCAUCGUCACUCUUCUGCCUACCCACCAUCUGUACCACGUCACCAUCACAACCACCACCAGUUGGUGGCUGCAGCAGCACCUUCACAGAGAUCGCAAGGCCCACCCCCGCAAGGCCAAUAUUAUCAUUAGUUGUGGCUGUGUGGAGCAGAGGGAUUGUUCACCAGGUGGCAGUGUGCAGUAUUCAAGAACACCACAAGAACCAACUCCAAGACUAGAAUGGCCACUUGGUAUACAAGCCUUUGUGUAAAUGUUUAGUCACUUCAGGAUUAAGUUGCCUAAACUUUUUUGAAUUUUGAAGAAAAUACUGAAGAUAAUGAAUUGCAAACAAAAUAACAAAAAUAUUUAAUUAUAGACAGAAUAACAAAAAAUAAUUACAAACAAAUUCACUAAAAAUCAUGGCAUAGCUGCAAGUGGAUCUCUUGUCCUUAGGUUGGAGGAUAUUAAAAAUCUAUGGCCGAGUUGAAGAAAGAUAGAAUGACUCUUUGAACAUAAGUAUAGGAAGUGGGAAUUGUGUAAUUAGGAUUUUAGGUUACCCAUUACAUAGUUACAAUUGCCACUAAAGUCAUAGUUAAAAAAGAAGUUUGGUUUGUGCAGAAACCAGAUAGGUAUAUAACUUAGGGACCUUUAUGUUCAUAUAUGAUUGUUCUACAGAUAACUUUUCCCUCAUACAUUACAGUUUUCCUAUGGGUUAUCACCAUUAUUACACGUAAGCAAAUCUGGGCAUAGAUAAUGAGUAUAAUACCCAUCAUGAAUGGCAUUAUUGUUUUAUGUUCAUAAAAAAAGUCUUCACAGGGUCAGGUUCCUAAUUGUUAUAUAUGAAAUAUUUAUAUGGGUACUUCACUGACUGAUGAAUUAAUUAUAACAUAUUUGAUCACAGGCUUUUCCCCAUCGGUCAGCCCAUUGAAAAUUCAAAGAGGAGACAGUUUAUAUUCUGAUAUCAUUAUUUUAUGAUAGCCAACAUAGUCAGAAAUGAUUGUACUGCCAAUUAGAGGGCCAGCUAAUAAUCCAUACACAUUUAUGUAACACUGAUAUUGGGAACAUGCUAGCAGCCUUAAAUAGACAAACUCUGUUCAUUAGAUUACCUGUGAAAACUUGCCUAAAUUUUAAAAAGGAUUGAUUCAUGCCAGUUCAUUAUUGUUGAAUUCCUUGGAAAACAAUUUUGCAUAUAUUUACAUUUCUCAUAAAUUUCACUAUUUUUUGGAUAAGAAUAUUAUUACAGCCCUGAAUGUAUAUGAUUUUUUUUUUUUUUUCAAUAAUUAAAAUAUAUAUACUUCACAUAUUUUCAGUAUUUGAGAUAGCAUUGUCUCAAAGGGAGUAUCAGAUUUUUUCUAUCGUAGGCUGACUAGUUUUUUUUCUCUAUAUAGACAUAGACACACUGUACACAUACAUAUCCUCCCCCCUCCCCCCACACACACAUGUAUGCAUGCAUGCAAGCGCUCAUGCAUGCACAGAUGAACAGACACAUCCCCCCCUCUCACAUACAUUCAUAUACACAUACUCAUUCCCAUUUAUUGCUAAAUGACAUAGGAAAUUGAAGUUUAAUAUCAAUGUUGAUCAUAGAUAUAUGUGUACUGGUUUAUUAGUACCUCUUUCAGGAUUUAUUUAUAUAUGCUCAAUUCUUAUUUAUAUGAUAUUUAUUUAGUUUCUUAUACCUCAGUGUUUGAUUUCAGCCGGGUUUGAGAAAAGCAGGAGGACAUACAUGUAAGGAGGGUAUGCUGAACACAAUGCUUGGCACUGAAAGAUUGUUUUGUACACAUGAAAUUCCUGUCAUUCAUCAAGUUCACUAUAAUUGUGUUGUAUUUAUUCUUGUAUAAUAUUUUGUAAAUUUUGUUUUCAAGGCUGGAAAUGUGUUCAUCAUACAACCCUAGCUUUAUCAGUCACUUAACUUGCUGCUGAAUUUGAGGAAAAACCAAGAGUAUAUGGAGUGCAGGCUAAUUUUUGGUGUUAUUUGAAGGUUAUUAAAUUCAGGGUCAAGUUAGCUGGGAUUCAUUCUCUCAUGAUCAUCUUGGCAAAUGCAUGUGACGCCUGUUCAUCCUAUAAGGGCAGUAAGGAUUUUUGAGGAUGUUUGUUACUAUUUUUGGAUAAUACCAAUAGGACCAAUUUGCACUGUUUUGCAGUUUUGAUUUUUUAAGUUAUUUUGCCAUAUGGUAAUGCUUGGCCAGAAGCAGAGGAAUAUUCAUCUUGCUUUUUAUUCAGUAAAUGGAAAACUUGACAAAGAACACACAUAUCAGUCAGUUUCUUGCAUUUUAAUAGCACUGAUUCAUUAGUUAACUUACUGAUAUAUUUAUCUCAGAACAGUUUCCUGUUGCCUUUUCUUAAGGGAUGAAAAGUCUUAGGUAUUUUCUGAACAAAAAUUUUGACAUCCAGGUUUUGUGGAUAUUUUGGAGACACGUGUAGGAGUAGUCAUAUAUGCAAGUUGUUGUUUUUUGUGGGUAUUAAGGUUUGAUUUUAUGCUACAUCAUAGUAUGAUCUCAAAAUCCCCUUUAAAGUAUCUUUUGAUAGUCAUGUAUGGAGCAAAUUUUUCUGGCCAUUUUCCAGGGUUUUUUAAAGUGCAUUUUAUACAAUUGCCAUUUUAACUUUCAUGUGAAGACUACAGAAAAUUGUUCUAUUGUAACAAUCCAACAAAACAUGUGCCAAAUAGUAAUAUGUUUAGGAAUGCUGCAUGUACAAAAUUUAGUGAGAAACACAGUUUGGUUUUGUUAACUCCAUACAAGGUAGAGGAAACCUUGUUUAAAGCCCAAAGUAACAAUAUACUUGUGUUGAUGUUAACAAGCUCGGUAGGCUAAGGGUGUGUGUUGUAGUGAAUUAGACAACUAGUUCAUCUUCUCAUUUGUGGAAUCAUUUAUAAGCUGAUGAACAGCUUUAAAUUCUUCCCUACCUUCAGCCUACAAGUAAAGUGAAGCACUGCCAAGAACUAUACAAUGAAUUAAGACUUUUGUCUUCAGACAUGUUUUCAAUAUUUGCUAUAUAUCAAUAAUUUAAGCUGUAGGUAUCCUAUGUUGGUCCCAAAAAACAUUUGCUGUCGGUGUGAAUUGGUGAAUUGGUAUAUCAUAUCAUGUGACAUUGCCAUGGAACCACACUUGUAAAACCAUGGAAUUAUUUAAAUAUAUUGUAUGACACUGCCAUUGAACCAUGCUCUCAAACCAUGGGUAUUGCAUUGAAGAGGAAGUCUCUCAUUUUGGCCAUAUAAUGGAGAUUUUUCUUAUUCUUUUUAUGUCUGCAGAAUAUAACAUUUAUUUAUAUCUCUCCAAGAUUUGGUCGGAGAAACUGUUUAGUUGAAUAUGUACCUUACAGUACUACUGGUGUACUGUACUGAAAUCUUCUUUUUCUUCUUCUGUAAUAUUGUUGUUAUGAUUCUUGUUAUUAUUGUUAUCAUUAUUCUGUUUUCUUUUUUCUUCUUUCUUUCAUUUCUUUUCUUUGUAUAAUUUUGUCAUAUAUGUUAUUUUUGAAUGAAUGAAUGAAUGAAUGAAUCUUUUUACUACAGUCUCAUUUGAACUCAUGAAGGGAAGUGUUAGGGAUUCAGAGUAAACAUAUUUUUAAUGAUUUUUUAAUACUCUCUUUUAAUCUUCCUUUUUUUUUCUGUCCUUCUUCAAUCCUUUCAUUUCUUUAUCCUUUCCUUCUUGCUUUUCUUGCUGCCAGCUGCAACUGUUACUAUUGCUAUUCUAGUGUUACUGUUUCUAUCACUACUAUUUUACUAUUACUACUACUGCUACUUUAUUGUUACUGCUUCUAUCACUAUGUUACUACUACUGCUAUUUCUACUCUACUGUUACUGCUUCUAUCACUAUGUUACUACUACUACUCCUGCUACUCUAUUAUUACUGCUUCUGUCACUUUGUUGCUACUAAUACUAAUGCUAUUACUUCUACUGUUGCAACAGUUACAAAAUUAGUGAUCAUUAUUGUGGUCAGUUAGGUCUAUGAUUAUUAUCUUUAUUUCAUACUAUAUUGAUAAUUAAAUGCUUCAUAAUUUUUGUUGGUUUGCAUGUUUGCUGAUUGAAUGUCAUUUAAUAAGGAGAUCAGGAAGGGAAAAGUCAACCACAAACCUGUUCAUGGCGUACUCUUUUUAUUGAUAUUUCGAUGCCUCAUUUCCUUUCCUUUAGUGUGCUUUUUAAGUAUUGUCAUUUAAAUUCAUGUCCAGUUUUGUAGUGAAGUUAUUUGUUUUUAAGGGAAAAAAAUACUUGGAAAUAAUUUUGAGCGUUUGGAAAUAUUGUAUUUCCAAUUAGAUGAAAUAUGCAGGAAUAUUUUUUGCAUCUUUGUCACCAGUAUCUUGGUAUUGGUAAAGUAGAUGCUCAUAUAUAUAUGUGGUACUUUUUCAUUCUAUAGUAGCAAAGACUUCUAGCCUAAUAUGGCACUUGUGGAAGAGUACAGUCCAUCCAGGGUUUUGGAGGGAAGACAGGAAUUCAUACCAUCUCACAUAGCACAGUAUUAGCUGUGUUCUCUGUUGAUCUUAUUUAUGGACAUGUAACUUAUUUUGAUACUUUUGUUGUUAAAAAUGGAAUGGUCUCAGCCUUUUUUAUAUGUGAUUUCUCUUCUUUUUUGAGUCUACAUUUUGUCAGAUAUUUGAAUAGGAUGUUGUACAAAGAGAUCAGUGUUUAUAGUAAUAGUCAUGGUGUGCUGAUCAUGCAAUGUUUGCAAGCAGUUCAAUAGCUUUGUUAUAUCUAUAAUUGAGAAUUGCCACAGAUUUUUCACCAGUGAUAAUUGUAACCCUUUAUCUUUCUUUUUUCUUGUUUCACUAGUUUUGUUUGUGAUAUGAAAGAAAUGUUUUAAUCUUUGUUGAAAAUGUUGAAAGUCCUGCCUCACCCUUUUUUUGUCCUUUUUAUUAAGAUUUUGUGUAUUGUAGAGUUUUAAGUAGUAUGGUGAUGCUGCCAGUGAUCAUUAGUGUAAAUUUUAGCUUAUGUGGUGAAUAACUAUUAAAUCUGUUAUUAGGAAAGCUAUACUCUGGAUGUAAAGAUGGUGUUCAUGUACCUAUCAACAUACAGACUGUAGCUUUUUUAAACAGAAGGGAUGUCUACUGCAAUGACUGGAUGUAGUUCUGUAUAGUGUGAAGUAGAAGUGCAACUUGCUGUGACAAAAGACAAGGUGGUCGUCACUGGAUGCAACCUUUUUUGAUAUGCUGUAAAAUACAUGACUGAUUUUUAUACCUCUUUUUCACUGCCAUUCAUAAGAGCUCCAUGCCCACGUGGCCUUCCUGUCAGCAGCCUGGAUUAUAGAUAGCUAUGAGUUGUUAUGUAUAACAUAAAAUUCUACUAGAUUGAUUGUUUAUUAAACUGCCAAAUUUUUCUUCAAUGAAGAGUGUAUGUAGUAAGAGGAAAGAUGAGAUGACUCUAAGAGAACUUAGUUAUAGCAUUCAUGUUUAAAAUUCCAUGGAAGCUAAUAGAAAGGCCAAAUGGGAAAGUAUUGUAAAUAUUGUAAGAUAAAACAAGUGAUUUUUGUUGUGUUGCUGGUCACAAUCACUGAUCUCAUUGUGUGUUCUAAUGCCCUGCUACUGCCAGUUACUCCUCAUGGGUUUUUAUCAAGUCACAGUGAUGAGUACAUGGAGUACCUUAGUGUACACUGUGUGCAUAUGAUACAGCCGGCUUCUGGUUACUGCAACCAAUGAGCUGGCUUGGGCUGUGUACAUUUGUAACCAGAUUGGUAAUUUUUGGGUCUCAGACAGGGUUCUACUGAGGCAUCUUUGCUGAUAUUGUAUAGAGAUUGGUCUUAAUGAAGAACCAACUAAGACCAACAAUUUCCAUUCUAGUUACAUUUCAUCCCUGCAGAAUGACAACAUAUGAUAACUAAGAGAGAUAGAUAAAAGAGAGUAGCUCAUCUUAUUGUUUUCUUUCUGCUGGGCUGACAAACUCACAAGUGACAACAUUGAUGGUUUAAAAUAUAGGGAUGAUUAACAAUGCAUGUGUUAUAUCUUCCAGAAUCAAAUACUGUAAUUUAAAUGUGAUCCAUCCACUUUUUUGAAGCUAUUUGCUCCACUGGUUUGAAAAAUGAUUAUUCAUAACAGUAAGGGCUUAGCGAGUUGAAACUGCUUGAAACAGUAACGGGAACUUGUAAAUAUUCAUCUGUAUGGAUUCAGGUCAAGUAAAUAUGAGGCUGAAUACUAAAAGAGCAUUGGAAAACCUCACUAAAAAUGUAAAAAUAGAUUAAUCUAUUCUGAUAAUUGUUCAUUACCAGCCCAUAGUAGAGUAAGUCUUCAAAAAAUGGACAUGACUGUAAUUCCUCUUCAUCAUUAAUGGUCUAAGAUUACUGUAAAAGAGAAAGGUAAAUAUAAUUUUUUUCUUUCCUCUCUCGCUCUAUAUAUAUAUAUAUUACAAAGUACAAGGAAAUGAAUUUUUGAUUUGACAAGCAAUUCAACCAUGGUUUAUUAUGUGUCCAUCUUUUGAUCAUUUACCCUCAUUUGUCCAUAUGUGGUUUACUCACUUGUGGGAUCAUGACUGUAAGUACAAAAAUUUUGCCCUACCUGUACUUAAUGUAAAAUUUAUCAUUUUUGUAUUGUACAUGUAUUUGGUUCUUAUCUAUGCUGUCUGUAAAAUUGUAUCCAUUGUUCAGAAUAAAAUUCUCAAUUGUUUUUA